CAUUUACAUUGCGUCCUGUCAAAAAAGUGUAUUUGAUAUUUUGAUUUUUGAAAUGGAAUUCAAAUUUUUUAUAUAUGAAAAUCAUUACUAUCAAACAUAAAAUGGCUACAAAUGAAUUAGCAUUUGAUAAUAAUUUAACUUUAGAAUUUGGUCCUUUUGAAACUGUGCACAAAUGGAAACGUAUGCCAGAAUGUGAUGAAUUUGUUGGAGCACGUAGAAGUAAACAUACCGUUGUAGCAUACAAAGAAGCCAUUUAUGUUUUUGGAGGUGAUAAUGGUAAAAGUAUGCUCAAUGAUUUAUUACGAUUCGAUGUAAAAGAAAAAUCGUGGGGUAGGGCUUUUGCAACUGGAUUACCACCGGCACCGAGAUAUCAUCACUCUGCUGUUGUACAUGAAUCAUCAAUGUACGUCUUUGGAGGAUAUACAGGCGAUAUACAUUCGAAUUCCAAUUUAACAAAUAAAAACGAUUUAUUUGAAUAUCGAUUCAGUACUGGCCAAUGGACUGAAUGGAGGUUUACAGGUCGUACUCCGGUACCAAGAUCUGCUCAUGGAGCUGCAGUUCAUGAUGGUCGAUUAUGGAUUUUCGCUGGAUACGAUGGUAAUGCCAGAUUAAACGAUAUGUGGACUAUACCGUUAACUGGAGAUACCCAUAAUUGGGAAGAGGUUGCUCAGAAAGGAGACCGACCUCCCACUUGUUGUAACUUUCCGGUAGCAGUGGCACGCGAUCACAUGUUUGUGUUUAGUGGACAGAGUGGCGCAAAAAUUACAAAUUCGCUUUUUCAAUUCAGCUUUAAAGAUCGAGCAUGGACUCGAAUAUCUACUGAGCAUAUUUUACGUGGAGCGCCACCGCCACCCGCUCGCCGAUAUGGACAUACUAUGGUUGCAUUUGAUCGACAUCUUUAUGUUUUUGGUGGAGCAGCUGAUAGUACCCUUCCAAAUGAUUUGCACUGUUAUGAUUUGGAUACUCAAACUUGGUCUGUGAUUAUGCCUGCAAUUGAAUCACAUAUUCCAACUGGAAGAUUAUUUCAUGCGGCAGCUGUUAUUGGUGAUGCAAUGUACAUUUUUGGUGGAACAGUAGAUAAUAAUGUACGAAGUGGGGAAAUGUUUCGUUUUCAAUUCUCCAGUUACCCAAAGUGCACCUUACAUGAUGAUUAUGGGAAAAUUUUGGAAUCUCGUUUAUUCUGUGAUGUAGAAUUUGUUGUUGGUCAUGAAGAAAUCAAAAUUCCUGCACAUUUAGCGAUUGUUGCUGCUAGAUCUCAAUGGUUACGGGCAAGAAUUCGUCAAUCGAGAGAUGCGCGUGAAAAACAUUUAGAAAAAGUGUUUGGUACAACUCAAGUGCCAUUUAAAGAUUUACCAUUACUUGAAGUGAAAUUACCGGAUGCAGUACCGGAACCAUUUGAAAUGGUUUUGAAUUAUAUUUAUACCGAUCGAAUUGAACCCAGAAAAAAAGUUGAAGAUGCUUCUGCAAAUCGAGUCGUACUACUAAUGAUGGAUGUUUAUCGAUUAGCGGUUCAAUUUAACAUGAAACGCUUAGAACAACUUUGUGUACAAUAUUUAGAAACAACUAUAAGUCUUGAAAAUGUUCUUGAUGCUGUAUCAAAUGCUCAUAAUUUACGAUUAUUAUCCAUUAAAGAAUUUUGUUUACGUUUCAUAGUUAAGGAUCCAAAUUACUCGCAUAUAGUAAUGAGUAAAGAAUUUGAAACUCUAGACCAAUCGUUAAUGGUUGAAGUUAUACGGAAAAAACAGAUACCACAACCAAAUACUAAAUCGUUCAUCGAACCGCAAUAUGACAGUUCAGGUUUAAUCGGAACAACUUUAGAGCAAGAUAUGGCAGUAUUUUUAAAAAGUGCUGGAAAAGAAUUUUGUGAUAUAAUUCUAUUAUUGGAUGGAUGCGCUAUACCCGCUCAUAAAUCAAUUCUUGCUGCUAGGUGUAGUUAUUUUGAAGCUAUGUUUAGAUCGUUUAUGCCUACAGAUAACACAGUUCGGAUACAAAUUGGAGAGACUGUACCAUCUGAAGAAGCUUUCGACUCAUUACUUCGUUAUAUUUAUUAUGGUGAUGUCAACAUGCCUCCAGAAGAUUCAUUAUAUUUAUUUUCAGCACCAUUUUUCUAUGGUUUCACAAAUAAUCGUUUACAAGCGUUUUGUAAACAGAAUUUAGAAAUGAAUGUUACAUUUGAAAAUGUUGUUCAAAUAUUAGAAGCUGCUGAUCGUAUGCAAGCAAUUGACAUGAAAAAAUAUUCGUUAAAUUUAAUUGUACAGUACUUUCCAAAAAUUACCAGUUUGCCGAAAACAAGGCAAUUAUCCAGAGAAUUGCUUUUAGACAUAUUAGAUGCAUUAGCUUUAGCUGAGAUUGCUAAAGAACAGCAGCGUCUGUGUCAAGAUAUGUCAUCGACGAGUUUAAACAGCGAAUAAGUAUA